CGGCGCACCGAGAUGAGGUCUGCUAUGGACGUUGUUAGGCUAUGGGCUUUUCUCCCGGUUCAAUGUUCCACAAGACAUGGGCCGUAUAUCCGGAACCCAUACGGCAGUACGCAUUCGUCGUGUCAUGGGGCUCUUCGAGGCUUAUUAAUUUGGCCCAGGAGCGGAGCACAAAGACACAUGGGUUUGGCCGGACGGAAACAAAAGGCCAGCUCGGUUCUCGGGUCGCUUCUGCAAGUUCUCGGUCCCUCCAUCCCUCUCCCUCCGUGAUCUGCACACCACGUUCGUUUGGGGGUGUGGAACCGACAACAUGUCGCCCUCUCACCGCAGUCACUCCUUUCUGGCCGUCUUGGCCCUCACACUUUCUUCCGUUUUCGGUCUUGUCUCUGCCAAUAGCAACUGCAGCACCAAUGACACCUACGACUACGUUGUCGUCGGCAGUGGCCCCGGCGGCGGCAUUGUCGCCAGCAACCUCGCCCUCGCCGGCCACAGCGUCCUGCUGAUAGAGGCUGGACGCGACGCCAGCGACGAUGUGUCCACGGUCGUCAAUGCUCUGUACUAUCCUCAGACCCAGAGUCUCCAGUGGGGGUUCUUCGUCAGGCACCACUCGGAUCCCGAGGUCGAGUCGCGCUUCCGCCUGCUGACCUGGACGCUGCCCAACGGCACGUACUGGGUCGGCCCCAAGUCCGAGGCCCCCGCCGACGCCACGCUCAAUGGUGUCUGGUACCCUCGCGGCGCCACGCUUGGCGGAAGCGCCAUCGUCAACGCCAUGGCGGCCGUGCUGCCCAACGACGCCGAUUGGAACAAGAUUGCCGCUCUGACCGGCGAUGAUUCGUGGUCGGCUGAGAGCAUGCGGGAGGUCUUCGUCAGGAUCGAGAAGAACCUGUACCUGCGACCCAACGAGUCCAAGGCCGGCCAUGGCUUCAAUGGCUACGUGGAAAUGGGCCAGGGCGACUCGAGCUAUUAUAUCCAGCAGCCCGGCCGUCUUGCUCUGCUGACGCGCGUCGCGGAGGACCUUGUUGGUCAUCCUGUGGACCAGGCGGCGGAGCUCAACUACCUGGAGCGUGAUUGCAACUUCCUCGGCGCGUCCCGGGACAAGUCGGCCGAGCCUUAUGGCCUGCCCAACCACGACAACAACAUGGGCCGGCGCUGGAGCCCGCGGGAUCUCGUCAAGGCCACCGUCGCGAAGACGCCGAAACUGACCCUGGCCCUCGAGUCCCUGGCCACCAAGGUUCUGUUUGACACUUCCCCGAAGUCCGGUCCCAGGGCCACGGGCGUCGAGUACCUUGAGGGAGCUGGCGUGUAUAGCGCCUCGUGGCAGUACAACAAGGCCACGGCCCCGAAGGGCAUCAAGAAGCGCGUCUUCGCCCGCAAGGAGGUCAUCCUCAGCGGCGGCGUCUUCAACUCUCCCCAGCUGCUUCAGCUCAGCGGCAUCGGCAACGCCACGCUCCUGCGCUCUCUCGGCAUUCCCGUCGUGAAGGACCUCCCCGGCGUCGGCGAGAACCUCCACGACAACCAGGAGCUCCCGGUCGCUGGUCUCAGCCCCGUCAACAUCACCACGCUCCCCGGCGAUCCGGGCUGGGCCAACUGCACCUAUGGCGCUCCCGGCGACCCGUGUCUGGCCGAGUUCUACCAGGGCACCGGUCCCUACACGCUGCCGAGCGGCAACUCCGAGUGCGCCUUCAUCAAGACGAACCACAGCCCGGACGGCAACCGCGACAUCAUCACCUUCGCUCCGCCCGGCGUCUUCCGCGGCUUCAACCCCCCGUCCAGCAACGUGCCUUUCGUCGACCCGCCCUCCACGCUGUGGCGCAGCCUCGCGCGCAUGACCGUCCAGAACGCGGCCGGCUACGUGCGGAUCAAGUCGACGGACCCGACCGACACCCCGGACAUCAACAUCAUGCAGUACGAGGACCCGGGCAAGGGCGAGAUCGACCUGGGCGCCAUGGUGGACGGCGUCGCGUGGGUGCGCCGCCUGCUCAUGACGCUGCCGGCGCCGUACGGCCCCGUCACGCCGACCGACCCGCCCUGCAACGCCGGCCUGACCGCCGACGGCUACUGCAAGGACCCGGAGGAGGACAAGCAGUUCGUCUACGAGCAGACCUUCGGCCACCACCCCGUCGGCACCUGCAAGCUGGGCAAGAAGACCGACAAGAUGGCCGUCGUCGACAGCAAGUUCCGCGUCUUCGGCGUCCAGGGCCUGCGCGUCGUCGAUGCUAGCGUCUUCCCCAUCUCCCCCGGCGGCUUCCCCGUCCUCCCGACCUUCAUGGUUGGCCAGAAGGGCAGCGACGCCAUCCUCGCCGAUGCUUAAAUUUUCUCUAUCGUAGUGUAGCUAAUUCUUUCCAAUGCGGGCAACCGCUCCUUGAGAGUUUAAUAGAACCGAGUCCCCUUUCCAUAGAACGGGCUGUGUGCCUCUCGUAGCGUUGAGCGAGCCCAUCUUAGCUGCGCCUUCGCUUACUGCUAUCGUAACUUGUGCAACCAUGCCGCUAUCCC